AUGAAAUUAACAAUAUAUGAUGCCAAUAAAACUUUCUCAACUGAACUGGCAGGGAGGUACCGGCGCCCAGUUGUAAACAAGUGGGAGUUAGCAACAUGCCCGGACUGUCAAGCAAUUGUCUGGAAUGCAGAAGCUGUAGUUCAAGAGACAAGGAACUCACCCAGAAGGUUCAGCAUAUGUUGUCAGCAAGGGCGUGUAAAGCUACCACCUAGACGACAACCACCUUCGCCUCUGAAAGAACUUCUCCAAAGAUCAAGCUUCAAAAUUAUGAUCCGCGUUGCUAAUGGAAUGUUAGCCUUCACAUCCAUGGGUGGCCAAAUUGACAACUCUGUUACUAACACUCCUGGACCCUUUUCAUUUAGACUUCAUGGGCAAACUCACCACAGAAUUGGUUCUCUACUUCCACCAGAGGGGAAACCUCCGCAGUUCUCGCAGCUUUACAUAGUCGACACAGACAAUGAACUGGCAAACAGAAAGAAGGCAUUCAGCAAGGGUACGUCCGAUCUAGCAGUUGAUGAUAAUGUGAUGGCUGGUUUGAUCAAGAUGUUGGAUGAACAUAAUCCACUCGCCAAGACUUUCAGACAUGCACGAGACCGUAUUUUAUCUGGUGACACCGUUGAAUUCAGUGUAACUUUAGUGAAUCAGAAACAUCGAGGACGGCAAUAUGACUUGCCAACUGCAGGUGAGAUAGGUGGUUUGUACGUUGGCGACUUCACGGCUGACUCUGCCGGUAAAGAUUUAGUGCUCGAGUACAAGUCAUCUAAGCUGCAACGAAUCAGUGAUUUACACCCUCUGUACAUGAGUCUUCAGUACCCGCUGCUGUUUCCCUACGGAGAAUAUGGAUACGAUGAGCGCAUACCUUAUCACACUUCUGAAAACUCUAAAAUAAAACGAGAAUAUAUGACCAUGAGAGAGUACUACGCUCAUCAGAUUCAGACAAGACCAUCCGAGGGUAUGACAAUCAUUAUCUCUGGAAAAUUGCUUCAUCAGUAUAUUGUGGAUUCUUUCACUGCGACCGAGCAGGAAAGAUUGCGCUUCAUCAGACUUAAUCAAAAACAACUGAGGGCUGAAUUAUAUCAAAACGUCUGCGAUGCUAUGGAAAGUGGAGAUACAGAUGCUAGAAAAGUUGGGAAAAAAGUCAUUCUACCUUCUUCUUUCACAUCAAGCCCUCGAUAUAUGUCUGAGAAAUAUCAAGAUGCCAUGGCUAUUUGUCGUUGGUAUGGUAAUCCCAAUUUGUUCAUCACAUUCACAGCAAACCCGAAUUGGGUUGAAGUGAAGGAACACCUAGACGUUUACGGAGGUGACUCACCGAACAAUAGGCCAGACCUUGAAUGCAGGGUUUUCAAACUCAAGUUGGAAGAGCUCAUGUCAGACUUCAAGAAAGGCGUCUUUUUCCCCAAACCAGCUGCAGUAGUCUACACAAUCGAGUUCCAGAAGCGCGGCCUCCCACACGCACAUAUCCUUCUUUGGUUCGAGGGGUUUAAAGGAGAAGCCACAGCUGAAGUGAUUGAUAAAUAUAUAUCAGCCGAACUACCUGACAAGGAAACAGACAAAGAGGGUUUCGAGUUAGUUGAGCGACACAUGAUCCAUGGGCCUUGUGGCAACCAGCGACCUCUAUCACCAUGUAUGGAGAAAGGAGAAUGCACGAAGAACUACCCCAAACCAUACUCAAGCCAUACAAAGAUCGACAAAUCGGGUUUUGUUGUCUACAAGAGGCGCGUUAAUAGCAGAGCCUCUGUUUUCAAAGGUGAUAUAGAGUUAGACAGUCGAUACGUGGUGCCUCAUAACCUCUCUAUCAUCAGAAAAUACAAAGCACACAUCAAUAUUGAGUGGUGCUGCAAGACAGGGGCUAUCAAGUACCUCUUCAAAUACAUAACUAAAGGGGUUGACCGAGCUAUGGCUCUACUUCAGCAGACUGGAAGUCAAGACAGAGCAGGGCUAGAGAAAAAAAAAGAACACCUAGAGAUGGAUGAGAUUGAUAGAUAUCUGGAAUGUCGAUACAUCUCAGCGUGUGAAGCAUCGUGGCGUCUGUUUUCUUUCCACGUUCACCACAACCAGCCUUCUGUUAUGAAACUCACAUUGCAUCUGCCAGGCAAGCAAAGGUUGGUUUACGAUCAGAAUAAAAGGCUAGCGGAAGUUCUGUCACAGGAGGAUAUUGAGAAGACAAUGUUGACAGCAUAUUUUGUGGCAAACCAGACCUAUGAAGAAGCAAGGGAACUCACGUACAUCCAGUUUCCUGAGCACUUUGUGUACCACAGUGACAAUAAAACUUGGACACCACGGAAACAAGGGGCAGCUAUAGGCAGACUCGUCUACGUACCUCCAACUGCAGGAGACAAGUACUAUCUCAGAAUCCUUCUCAACGUGGUCAAAGGCGCUUUCGGUUAUGAUGACCUCUACACAGUAGGUGGUACAAAAUUUGAGGAGUUUCGUGAUGCUUGCUUUGCGCGUGGUUUGCUAGACGACGAUAAAGAAUGGCAUGAUGCAAUAGUUGAGCCCUCGCACUGGGCUACAGGUCGCCAACUAAGGAGCUUAUUUGUCCUAAUCUUGCUUUACUGUGAAGUUGGAAACCCACUGGAACUUUGGAAUCAUACCUGGAAGCUUUUGGCUGAAGAUAUUCUAUAUAUGAAACAGAGAGAAUUCAACUUUCCGGGUUUAAUUCUUCAAGAUCAGCAGCUGCAAGAAUAUACAUUGAUAGAGAUCGAACGGCUCCUCAAAGAGAAUGACAAAUCUUUAGCUGAUUUCGCUGGAAUGCCUAAGCCAAACCCAAGUGUUCUUAAGGAAAUCUCAAACACCGUUUUGCGGCAAGAGCUGAAUUAUGACACUGAGAAAGAAGCUAUUGAGCAUGAGAGACUGUUUAGCGACAUGAAUGAAGAUCAAAGAACCGUUUACAGUGCUGUGAUUGACUCCGUUGAUAACCAAUCUGGUCAGUUGUUCUUUGUCUAUGGUGCUGGAGGGACUGGAAAAACUUUCUUAUACAGGACAAUUAUAGCAAAACUAAGAUCAGUUGGUAAGGUCGUCAUCCCUGUUGCAUCAGCAGGCAUUGCAGCUUUACUACUACCAGGAGGUAGAACAGCUCACUCCCGUUUCAAACUUCCUAUAAAUUUAACGGAUCAGACAGUGUGUGAGAUAACGCCUAGCUCUAUGUUAGCGAGUCUUCUUUCAAAGGCUGACUUAAUCAUAUGGGACGAGGCCCCUAUGGCUCACCGCCAGGCAUUUGAAACUCUCGAUCGCACACUUAGGGACUUACAAUCGCUACAAGAUCCAUCAGCAGCUAAUAAACCUUUUGGAGGGAAAACGGUUGUUCUUGGUGGUGAUUUUAGGCAAAUUCUGCCGGUCAUACCUCUUGGCUCUAGACAAGACACAGUUAAAGCUUCGAUCAGCAAGUCAUACCUCUGGCCAUUUGCUGAGGUUUAUACGUUAACCAUCAACAUGAGACUGAGACAAGCUGACAAGGACUUUGCGGAAUGGAUUUUAAAAGUUGGUAAUGGAACAGCACCCACCGUGAUGACAGAAGGAAGAAGUCAUGAUGAUGGCGAGCAGGUUAUAAUAGGAGAUGAAUUCAUGUUACCAAGAUCUGAUCUUCCUCACAAGUCUAUAUCAGAUGCUGCGUACCCGGAAUUUGUUAAGAACUACUUGAACCGUACGUACUUAACAGAGCGAGCUAUCUUGGCUCCAACAAACGCCAGUGCACAUGAAAUAAACUCAUACCUUCUGUCUAAGGUACCUUCUGUAGAAAGAGAAUUCCUGAGCUCAGACAGUGUCGCUUUUGAGAGCACCCCCGAAGAUGACUGGACCAAUAACUACACUCAGGAGUACUUAAACUCACUUGAGUUCCCAGGUUUGCCGCCACAUAAACUCUGUCUGAAGGUUGGGUCUCCAGUUAUGAUGCUACGUAACCUGAGCCAGAAAAAUGGGCUAUGCAAUGGAACCCGGAUGAUGAUUUCACGUCUGGGACACAGAGUUCUGCAGGCUGAACUUCUAACAGGUACUCAUGUCGGAGAUAGUGUAUUGAUUCCCAGGAUUCAGCUUUCUCCAACCGACACUGUCUAUCCUUUCACGUUUCGAAGAAGACAGUACCCAAUAAAGCUGUGUUAUGCGAUGACUAUUAAUAAGAGUCAGGGUCAGAGCCUGAAGCAGGUCGCUCUCUAUCUCCCAAGACCUGUUUUCAGUCACGGGCAACUGUAUGUUGCUCUCUCACGAGUCACCUCACCGGAGGGUCUUAAAAUACUAGAUGACACAGAUGGUGCAACUAGAAACAAUGCUGUCACAAAUAUUGUUUACAAAGAGAUUUUCGGUAAUCUCAAGACACGUACAUCUACGAGUCCUAUACCAGACGUUCAUGUAGCCCAAGAAAGCACUGUUAGAGGAUAG